AUGGCGACGUCUGUGUCCAAUGCAGACUAUAUCAACAGUCGCCCUGCCAUUCGUACACGACCCUCUAUAAGCGGUGUAAUCGGCAAUACAGGCAGCCCACGUAGUCCCCGGACACCACUUCUGAAUCGAAGCAUCUCCUCACAAUUUGGCAGUCCUGGCAGCUUCAGGAUUGAGCAAGAAGAUGUCGUCAUAUUCGAGCUGAAUCAACGAUAUUUCGCUGCCGGGUAUGCUGGCGAGAGUCGACCCCGAAGCAUCUUACCAUUCACGCCAGGGAGCUCGCACAGAGCUGGUGAUUAUGGUCAAUACGACAAAGCACAUGCGCGCAACAUGCGUAAGUACCGGCUGGGAGAAGAUUGGGCAUCGAGUCACGAACUAUAUCAAGUCGAUCUCGGAGCGCUCGAUCUUGGAUUGGUUGAGGAUAAACUCGACAGGGCAUUGCGCAAGAUUCACGUGGAUUACCUACAGAUGGACUCUAAACCUCGGAAAGUGCUGUUGGUAGUUCCAAGCAUGGUACCAACUCCAUUGCUCGGCAUCGCGCUCAAGGUUUUGUUUGGUCAUUUCACGCAGCCGCCAUCAAUCUCCAUCUUGACCAAUCCUGUGCUAUCAUGCGCCAGCGCAGGUUUGAGACAUGCUCUUGUGAUUGACAUCGGUUGGGAAGAAACAACGAUCACGGCCGUCGGCGAAUACAAGGAAAUUAUGCAGCGGAGAAGCGUUCGAGCUGGAAAAAUGUUGACAAAAGAGAUGGCUGAUGUGAUCGAACACGAGCUGGCUGGAUCAGAUGUCAAAAUAACCUUUGAGGAGACGGAAGAUCUCGUUCAGCGCAUGGCAUGGUGUCGUUCCCGGCGUGUAGACAGUGAGGAAUCCCCUCAGGUGACCGUGGUGCAUCUUCCUACGCCUGGCAGCGUGCCAACCACGGACUUUCCUAUCGAUUUCGUCAAGCUCGCAGAGCCCGCUGAGCGAACUUUCUUCGCUCCCCAGCAUUUGCAAACUGAUCAUGACGAUCAUGAUAUCCCUAUCCACCUACUUGCCCACAAGCUGCUCUUAUCACUUCCAGUCGAUCUUCGCUCGACAUGCAUCAGCCGCAUCGUGCUCACAGGCUCGUACACCAAUAUGCUGGGUUUGAAGCAGAGGCUGCUUCAGGAGAUUUCGUACCUGGUACAGAGUCGAGGCUGGGAUGUCGUGUCGAACUAUGGAAGCGCAAGGCAACGGCAUGAAAGAGUGCUGUGGAACGAGCCUAUCAUCAAAGAAGCUUCAACAGGAUCGACAAUAUCACAAGAGUCGGUGUCAGCGUUGCAAGACCCGACAGUAAUGCCUUUAGUCCCUGCGUCUGACCGAGUUCAUGACGACAUCCACGAUCCUGUCACUAUCAAAGCAGAGCGUGGCAAAGGUGGCGCCAGCGACUCAGACGCAAGCAACGUUGUCCGUGGCGUCGAGUCGCUCGGAGCAUGGGCAGGGGCCAGCUUGGUAGCCAGCCUGAAAAUCCAAGGGGUACACGAAAUUGAUAAAGAUGACUUUAACAAGCAUGGGUUCCGCGGAAUAUAA